UAUUGUCUAAGCGCUCUUAUCUCUUUGUGGCAAACUAGAUAAGAAAUUUAAUGCGCAUAUCAUUGUUUGCUGACCAGUGCGAAGCAAAGUUACCAUAUUUCAUCAUUGAACUAAUUCUUGAGACAUUUUCUUGAGAUGCGUCUACGUACCAGGAUAGUUAUACAAAUCAUAGUGUUAUGCUGUGGAAUAAGUCAAGGUGCUAGCGGACUGCUAUGCUAUUCGUGUAGUAACAUAAACUCGAGUGAGGAUUGCAUGAAUGUCAUUGAAUGUACUGGAAGAGAGGAGUGUUUCACGAGGGCAGAUGCAUUUAUAAAUGGCAGUGUCCAGUAUACUGUAGGAUGUACAUACGACAUGGUGCCGACUGUGGUAAAAGGAAAGACAUUUUGUUCCCAAGUGUGUGGUGAAAACUUGUGUAAUCUAGACAAAUGUCAGCUUCCAGUAUCUCCGAGAUGCAAUAUAACGCGACCACCGAGAUGCCUAUCCUGUGAUUUGAUAAGUGACCCAAGUCAAUGCAGGAAUCUUAAACAAUGCAAAGAAGACGAGAUGUGCUUCGUGCGAAAAGUUACCAUCUAUGGAAAUGCACGAUACCGCUUGGGAUGUAUGAAUAAUAAGCACUGUUUGGGAGUAUCGACCGACCAUCAUGUAUCGUCAGCAAUUGUUGGAAAGCGUUCUGAUCCGCCAGAUGCAUGUUCCUUGUGUUGUUCAAAAGAUCAUUGUAACACGAAAGUUUGCGGCCAACAGCAAAUUUCAUUAUCUAUGUCAGAUGAUCGCACAUACAAUCUACAACUCCUUGAUGAUCACCAAACAUGCUUCGAUUUCAAUCCGACGGCAUGUGCUGCCUUUGGCAACCUUGAUCCUGAAGCCUGUAAAGUCAUGGCUGAUAUUGACAGUCUUUGUCCUGAGUCGUGCGGAAUGUGUGGACAUUAUGGAUGGGCACAGUGGGAAGAAUGGUCUACGUGCUCCCUGACGUGCGGUUCUGGAAUAUCAGCCAGAAACAGAGUUUGUGUACAUCAGAUCGAUGUUACAAUAAACAAGACAUGUCCCGGACCUACGAACGAAACUAAAACUUGUAAUGUUGAGCCUUGCGCAGUCCAUGGUCAGUGGUCUGAUUGGGGGGAAUGGAGUAACUGCACAGUUACUUGUGAAAACGGAACAAAAUCACGUCAGAGAGACUGUGACAAUCCUUUGCCCCAGUUUGGUGGUAUGAAUUGCACGGGUGAUAGCUUAGACAUUGAGGAAUGUUCAGAACAACCUUGUCCAGUCGAUGGCGGUUGGUGCUGGUCAUCAACAACGAAAUGUACUGAGACCUAUAGCAGCUAUUAUCGAGAAUAUCGUUACUCGUCUGCAGGGAGUACAUACAAACAAACAUCAUGUAGCUGCCCAGCCCCUGAAUAUGGUGGAAAACAAUGCAGUUAGAUUAUAAAGCACUGCUUACCCAACACUUUAGCAUGACCACUUUGCGGAUUCAUGAUUUUGUAAAGAUAUAUCAUUUCCUAAUAAAUUGUCCCAUUUCCUGUUGACAUUACAUUAAAAAAAAAACC